GUUACCCAAUUGAAUGAAACCACGGCAUCAGAUUCUGAUCCUACCAGAUUAAGCUACAUAAUAAAAAGAUUCUCCUUGUUAAAUGAUUUGUGCGAAUACUUCUUAAUAACAAAAACGAUAAUUGCGGGUAUACCUUGUUACAUUCUGAUCGCCACAUCUCUCAUAUCAUUUUGGAAAUGUUUUCAAUGGUUUCGCCUAACAAUUGCCAAGAUGCAUCACCAAUAUGGUGACAAACUGUCAGUAUGCUAUCACAGAGCACUUAAUGCACCAUCGGCAUCAGGAUAUCAACCUUUAUCAACAGUUCCUAGGCGAAUACAACUAUCUUUUAUAACUGAUAAAUCUCCUUCAAGAAUUAUAAAAACAAAACAAGGUUGCGAAAUAAAAUUGAAACGUAUAACUGAAAGUGAAAAAUAUAUUCGUAAAUCUGUUCUUUCAUCGUAUGAAGCAGUCAGACCUACGAUAAGCUCUUGGCUUCGUCCAAACCGAAUGGUUGAAAUUGGAAAUCGUAAUUUGGUAUUAGUUCCAUCUGAAAGAUAUCUUACCGUUACGAAUGGAAAAGUAGAUUGUGGCUUAAAUAAACAG